UGGCUGCGAAGACCGAGAAGGAUGUGACUCAGCUUCAGAUCGGCGUCAAGUUUAAGCCCAAAGAUUGUCCGCGCAAGGCCAAGAAUCUCGAUACUGUCAAGGUCCAUUACAAGGGCAUGCUCACGGAUGGCACCAAAUUCGACUCCAGCUACGACCGCAAUGACCCCUUCGAGUUUCGCCUUGGCAUGGGCAACGUGAUCAAAGGGUGGGAUAUUGGCAUCCUCGGCAUGUGCAUUGGCGAGAAGCGCAAGCUCAAAAUCCCGCCCCACAUGGGCUAUGGCGAGAACGGCUCUCCUCCCAAGAUUCCAGGUGGAGCGACGCUCAUCUUUGAGACGGAGCUGGUGGACAUAGUGGAUGUGCAGGAGGAGGAGGUGAUGGCAACGCUCAUCUUUGAGACGGAGCUGGUGGACAUAGUGGAUGUGCCGGAGGAGGAGGAGCCGGAGGAUGAGGACUUCAAUGAUGAGGACAUUGACGACACGGACCCCCAGGGGGAGGAGGAUGAUGAUGACGAGGACUUUGAUGAAGAUGAUGAGUUUUACAAGAGAGAUGAUGAUCGCGAGUUGUGA